CAUCAAAAAUUAAUCAUUUCUUCUCUCUCUAUAACAAAUGUCGGAUCUUUAUACUAAUCCAUCAAGUUCCGGUUCGGUUCAACCCACCAACCGCACCCGAUUACCCAACUUCCUACUAUCCGUUAAGCUCAAGUACGUGAAAUUAGGGUAUCAUUACGUCAUCACCAAUUUCAUGUACCUUCUUCUUGUCCCUAUAGCAGUUGUUUCCUCUCUUCAUCUCUCUACUCUCUCUCUAGAUGACGUCAUCAGUCUCUGGAAUCAUCUCAAGUUUAAUAUGAUAGCUAUCACCCUAUGUUUAACCUUGAUGGUGUUUCUUGCCACUGUUUAUUUCAUGACCCGACCCAGAAAGUUAUAUUUGCUUGAUUUUUCUUGUUAUAAACCCGGACCUGAAAGGACGGUGACCCGUGAGAUUUUCAUGGAUAGGUCUGUAAAAUCCGGGUCGUUUACUGAAGAGAAUCUGGCGUUUCAGAAGAAGAUACUUGAAAGAUCUGGGUUGGGUCAGAAGACUUAUUUUCCGCCUGCUGUUCUUCAGAUUCCUCCGAAUCCGAGUAUGGCGGAGGCGAGGAAGGAGGCGGAGGAGGUUAUGUUUGGUGCGAUUGAUGAGCUUUUGGAGAAGACGAAGGUGAAGGCGAAAGAUAUUGGGAUUUUGAUCGUUAAUUGUAGUUUGUUUAAUCCGACACCUUCUUUGUCGGCUAUGGUGGUGAAUCAUUAUAAGAUGAGGGGAAACAUCUUGAGUUAUAACCUUGGAGGAAUGGGUUGUAGUGCUGGUCUUAUUUCGAUUGAUCUCGCUAAACAACUUUUGCAGGUUAAUCCAAAUUCUUAUGCACUAGUGGUUAGCAUGGAGAACAUAACCCUAAAUUGGUACUUUGGCAAUAAUCGGUCUAUGCUCGUAUCGAAUUGUCUCUUUCGCAUGGGAGGAGCCGCGAUUCUCCUAUCGAACAAGUCGUCGGAUCGUCGUAGGUCAAAGUAUCAGCUCUUUCACACCGUCAGAACCCACAAGGGUGCGGACGACAAGUGUUACGGAUGUGUAUUCCAAGAAGAGGACGAAAAAAAGGAAGUGGGAGUUGCUCUAUCGAAAGAUCUAAUGGCGGUUGCUGGGGAGGCCUUGAAAACCAAUAUUACGACUCUUGGACCUUUGGUCCUUCCUAUGUCCGAGCAAUUCUUGUUCUUCCUUACUUUGGUGGGUAAGAAAGUGUUCAAGAUGAAGAUCAAGCCUUACAUUCCUGACUUCAAGUUGGCCUUUGAGCACUUUUGUAUUCAUGCCGGUGGAAGGGCUGUGUUGGAUGAGCUUGAGAAGAACCUCGAUCUCUCGGAAUCGCACAUGGAGCCUUCGAGGAUGACACUCUAUAGGUUUGGAAACACGUCUAGUAGUUCGUUGUGGUACGAGUUGGCUUACAUGGAGGCUAAGGGGAGAAUCAAGAAAGGCGAUCGAACGUGGCAAAUUGCAUUCGGUUCGGGUUUUAAGUGCAACAGUGCUGUUUGGCAUGCUCUUAGAACAAUCAAUCCGGCCAAGGAGAAGAACCCUUGGAUAGACGAGAUCAAUGAUUUCCCAGUUCAAGUGCCUAGAGUCGCGUCUAUUGUUUCUACUUGAACCACGACAAAGACUCAUAUAUGUGUUAUGUUUAUGUAUGAUUAAUUCUUUUGGUGGUUACUAUUAGUUAUGAAUGAAGGCCAAAUUAUAGUGCCAAUUUCUUUCUAAUGUGUCAUUUCCUAUUUCCAUAUUUGGGUGUUAAUUUCUUUUAUAUACAUACAUUUAUUCAAAUCA